CUAUGGGAUUUUUGCUCUCAAUUUAAUUCAAUUAUUUUACUUGUCUCUAGUCAACAGGUUAUUUUUUCUUUAAUUUACGAGCAUUCGGAAAUAUUUUUGGGAGUCGUUUAUUAGGUCUCUUUGUAGCAACCUUACAAAUUUUAUACAGUGUAAUCCUAACCCUUGGUUACUAGUAGGAAAUUUUAAUUAUAUUUUAGGAUCCCAUGAGCAACGCGGCCGAGGCACACCUCUUGCGAGUUCUUGUGAUGAUUUGAAGAAUUGAUCUGAUUGAUCUGAUAAUUUUAUGCUUAUUCAUCGACGCACUAGAGGUGCUCAAUUUACUUGGUCCAAUAGUAGGAGAAGCAAUGCUCACACUAAAAGACGAUUUGAUAGAGAUCUUUUUAAUGAUGAUUUGUUAUAUUUUUGGGAUUCCGCUUCAAUGUUUUACUCUCGCAAGGAGUCAAUCUGAUUAUUAUCCUCUUCUUCUGAUUAUGCAUAAAGGUAUUACUCCAUUCCCAUCUUUUAAAUUCCAAAAUAUGUAGUUGCAAUAUUAUGAUUGUAGUAGAUUAUUUCAACAUACAUGGAAUCAAGUUGUUCGUGGUUGCCCUAUGGUGGUUCUUUUUCGAAAGGUGAGGAUCAUGAAAAAUGCAUUCAAAAUUCGAAACAAAGAAACUUUUAGCGAUGUAAAUAGAAAGGUAGUUAUUUCUCAUAUUUAUUUAGAUGCUCUUCAAAAAUAUAUUGAUGAUGUGGGUUACACUAAUGAUCUUCAUGAUCGAUAAUUAAUUGUUCAAAAAAAUCUUUCUUCCACCUUUUCUUUCGAAAGAGAAUUUUUGUGUGAUAAGACUAGGUUAAAUUGGUUUACGCAAGGUGAUAGAAAUACCUCUUUUUUUUCAUAAAGUUUCCAUAAUUCAAUAUGCCUCUAAGCAAAUGUUUCAUAUUAAAUAUGGGGAUGACAUUCUUUCCAACGAAGUCGAUAUAUAAGCUCAUGUUCUCCAAUUCUACAAACAAUUAUAUGUUUCUGAUAAUGUUUGUUCUGAUUCUAGGUUAGUUUUUAGAGUUAUUCCUUUACUAGUUUUUGAUGAUGAUAACCCGCGGCUAAUUUCCACCUCUUUUAUUGAUGAGGUGAAGUCGACUGUCAUUUCAAUGAAUGGUUUGCGUGCCCUUGGCCAUGAUGGCUUUAUUGGUUUUUUCUUUCAAUAUUUUUAAGAUAUUAUUGGUACUAAUGUUUAUGCUUUUAUACAUCAAUUUUUUUUCUAUAGGUUGGAUUCUUCAAAAAUUAAACUCUAAUGUGGUAGUUUUAAUCCCUAAGUUUUCAUGUGGUCCUCAAGCUUGAUAUGCUUUCAAUCUUGGUAAAUGGAUAUCUUCUACAUAUUUGAUUUUGUUUCCUGUGAUCUUUUUAUUUUCUCUGGUCAUUUCCUCUGAUUAUUUCCAUUAAUAUUUUUCUUCUUAUUUCUCGUUUCUGAUAUCUUCUACAGAUUUCUUGUUCAAAUUUUUGCACACUUAAUGAAGUCAUUAAUUUAAACAAAUUGUUCUCAUAAAAUACAUUUGUUAACAUCAAAAUCACAAGAGGAAAAACCACCUAGGUUCCAAUAUUAUUGACCAUAAUUAUAUAUUUUUUAAAUAGAUAUACAUGGAUGAUCCAUUAGCUUCUUCACAGAGUGGAUCAGAUACUAACUCUAUCCAAAAAAGAGUAGAUGUGGCACAUAGAUGACAAAUAUGUUAUGUAAGUGUAAGGAGGGUGAUAAGUUAUCGAUUGAUUUUGAUCAACCAACUGAACUACCUAUAGGUGAUAACAGGAAAGCUUUCAUUUGUCAUAAGGCUUCCCUUGAUUGAGACAAAUUCAAUAUUUUGGCCAAUGAAUGGGAUGAAGUAUGUGAAGACAUGAAGAAAAAAAAAUUGAGCAACAAUCGAUGUAGUUUUAAUUAUCUUUGUUACUAUUGUACUUAACUAUAGUAUUGUUAUACACUAACUAUUCUAUUUGUUGUGUACUGUAGGAAACAUUAUAUGUCCCUACUAAUGAAUUUAUUAAAAGAAUAUUUUCAAUACAUGGGUGAGCAUUGAAGGGUAUUAAAAGCUACACUAACAAGGAGAUAUUUAAAUAAUGGGGACCUGAGUCACAAAUCUCUUGUUGAUGUAUAUCCUUUUAUUGACAAGAAAAUAUGAUAGACAUUCAUUAAGACCCAAGAGGAUCCUUCCUUUCAAGUUAGUUGUAUAUAUGAUUUGGUUGCUCUAUUUAAUAUUUUAGUAAUAUCUUUAAUUUGCUUGUUGUUUACAAUAGGAGAAAAGAAUGAAGGCACAAAUGACUCAGUCUUUUAAAAAGUACCUCCACAUAUUGUCUCGUGGGGGAUAUGCAUCGCUAGACAAGUGGAUGAUUUAAGAGAAAUUAAAACAAAGGCAAAAAUCAGUUGGAGAUUCAGAAGCUCCACCUCCAUCUCCACCAUCACGCCAUGAAAGGUGGAAGAGAGCUCGACAAAGACAAAGGAUUCUCUUAUGGAAUAAACAUCUCAAAAAACAAAAAAAAAACUUCCAUCCAGAAGACGUCAAGAUAUCUUGAUGGAAGCCAUUGGGCGACCUAAACACUUUGGUUGUGUUAAGGCAAUUGGCGGAGGUGUGGUGAUUCAACAAUACUUUGGACCGAAUUCUCGUCCAUCCUCUACUUCGCCUAUUAUGAGCAACCAAAUAGAGACCAUAAAAGCAAAGCUUACUAAGGUGCAAAAUGCUAAUGCUCAAGUACCUAAGCCCAUUGAUGAGGUGACAGCAGUUGGUCAAGCCCCUUACAAUUUUAUUCAAUGGCCAAAAAGACUUUUGCAACUUGUUUCCAAUAAGGCAAUUGAGGUAUCAAAGAAAGAUGAUAUUCCAUCAAAAAGGCUAAACUUUCAACUAAAUUAUGUUGAACAAUUGAUGAGUGAAAAUGAUCCAACUUAUCCACAAGUCCACAUUCAAAAGAAGAUGUAUGAGGACAAAAGAAAUUGUUACCUAGCACCUUAUCUCAAAAAGUAAGUAUUUGUCUAUUAUAGUUAUCGUUUAUAAUAGAGAAAAUUAAAUAUAAUACACAUUUAAUUGUUUAUUGAAGUCGUUAUUGGCAAUUGUUUAUUAUUAAUCAUAAGGAGUUUAAUGUAGUCUUUCUAUAUUCAUUGAGAAGGAAACCAGACUAAAAAAAUAUGUCACAUUGUUAAUUUGUAAGUAUUUAAUUUAUUUAUUGUUCAUAAGUAUUGUAAUAUGUCUUAUAACACAUGAUUUUAAUAACUAUUUUAUAUUGUAGAGCUUUUGAAGGUUAUUAUAGGUUGUUAGGUUUGAGAGUUAAACUAAAGACAACAUGGAGUUUUCCUACAUUAAGUUGUUCACAAAUGAAUAACUUCAUUCAUAAUAUUAUAACAAUUUUAUGUAUUUCACAUUUUUUUUUGUGAUAUUCAAUUUUAGAUUCAAAGACAAGCUUCAAAUUAUGAGUGUGACUACUAUGUCAUGUUACAUAUGUUGAACAUUGUAACAGUUGGUAUUGUUGAUUAGUGGAUACAA